AUGGCAUCAAAAGCAACAAAACCGAAUUUUUUUUUCUUCAUAUUUGAUUUUUAUUUGAUGAAAGGAUCACAAGAUGAUAAUGAUGUUCUUCCUGAAGCUAUUUUAUAUUUCUAUCCAAGAGAUGAUCAAACAAGACAACAAAAACUUCUGGACUGUGGAGAAAUCGUUGGUAUUGUACAAUAUUUUCAACAUGAUCUUUUUCAAUCUAUACCAAAAACAUUAUAUUUUCAAAAAACAAUUGUUGCACAUGAACAUUAUGGUCGACAUAGUGCCUUUUUAUCUCUACCACAUGAUCGUUAUACACCAGAAGAAGGACAAAUUCAUCUUAAACAUAUUUUAGAUUUAUUUAGUAUGUUAUAUGGAACAUGGAAUCAUGUACAAUCGAUUUAUGGAAAAGAUAAUAAAAUGGGUGAAUUUCUUAAUCAAGCCUUAACACCUAUUGUGGAUUAUGUUUGUAAUCAAAAUCGAUCAAUAUCACAUUUAUUUUCAACUGUCGAAUAUACAGCAUUGAAAAAUGGUAAUCAAAGAGUGUUGUUAGAAAGCAAGCAUUGUUUAGAUUAUCUCAAAUCGAAAUAUGGACUAAAAGAUGGACUUAUUGGAUAUGACAAUAAAGUUCUAUAUUCAACAUGGGAUUCUGAUACAACUUUUUAUUUACAACUUAUGUUUCAAUUAAGAAAACAAUUGCCUAAAAAUUUAAUUCAUAUUCCAUGGGAAUCUGAAUUCAAAUUGAAAAAUGGUGUAUCACUUUUUCGUAUUUAUAUUCGUCAACCAUCAAAUUUAACAUCCAUUGAAAAUACUCCUGAUAAAAUUACUCCGACGACUACGAAUACUAUGAUGUCAGCGAGUACUAUCCCCAAAAUACCAACUCAACCAAUAAAUAUAUUUCGUGAUUUAUCAUCACCAUCAGUUGAUUCAUUAACAUCAGAAAGUCGUUCUAAUAGUUUUAAUCGUAUACCAUCAGCGACUAGUGGAAAACGUCGUGGAAUAUUACUCUCAACAGAUUAUUCUGGUUCAUCUGAAGAAACAGGAUUUGAAACUGAUACAAUGGAUGAAUUAUCAUCACCUAGUGCUUUAGAUGCAAGAAGUGUAUCAUCAGAAUCCAUGAGUGAAAAUUUCAAUCAAGUUCAUACACAGAAUUCUAAUGAAAAUUCCAAUUGUUCUGCAUUACCUACUUGGCAAGAAGAAUCAUUAACUGAUGAACAAAAACUAGAAUUACGUUCACGUUCAUCAACAAUGAGUAAUGAAAUGGAAAAAACAGUCAAAAUUGAGUUUAUUAAUAGUUCAAGUGAAACUGUUGAUCGCAUUCACAUAGUAGAAGUUGAUACAUAUAAAAAUGAUGAUGAUAGUAAUGAUGAUGAUGAUGAUGAUGAUCAUAUUGGAGAAUUUCAAGUACUUCAUCGAACACCAUCAACUUCUUCACGUGAUCGAACAGUAACAGUAACAAGUGCUUCGGAUUUAAAUAUUGCAGAUUUUCAAAAAAGUGAUCGACAUGAAUUACGAGUUAGUUGGACAAAUAUAUCAGAUAAAAAUAUUGAACAUGUACAAGACGAAUUAGUACUUUAUGUUCAAAAAAAUUCACGCAUGAUGUUUGCUGGUGUUUUUCAACAAAGUUUAUUAAACGAUCAAUAUCUUAAGGAAUUGUGGAGUUUAAUGCUUUCACAAAUGGCUAAUAUGGAAUCAGAUAUACAAGUUAUUUCAACAGCUAAUGAAUCUACUAGACCAAGUCCUGAUGUUAAAUUCCAAUUUACUGAAAAUACUCAUGUUGCUGAAUUCGAACGAGUAUUUGAAGGUAAUCGCCAAUAUCGUAAAAUUCCUUCUGAAGAAAGUGCAUAUAUGGCAUUACUUGCUAGAUCGGAAAUUAAACGAAAUUCUGAAUGUAAAAUUAUUGGACUCUCACGUGGUAAUCAUUUAAUAUCUGUUGAUCGUUGUUUACCUGACCGUAUGAAUUAUUCAUGUCGAAGAUUUCAAGAAACUUAUUAA